AUGAUUGCCAUUGCAGACUUUCUUCAGAACGUGCCGCAGCCUCUGCAGUGGGGUCUUGCUGGCAUUGGCGCCCUCUUUUUGGGCUCCAAGAUCCUGAGCUAUCUCCAGCUUGUCCUCAGCGCUUUUGUCCUUGGAGGCACAAACCUGCGCAAGUAUGGAAAGCCUGGUACCUGGGCUGUCAUUACCGGUGCCUCUGAUGGCCUCGGCAAGGAGUACGCUCUUCAGCUCGCUGCCAAGGGCUUCAACCUCGUCCUCGUCUCCCGAACCCUCUCGAAGCUAGAGGCGCUCUCUGCCGAAAUCCGUGAGAAGUACGCUGGAAAGGGUCUUCAGAUUAAGGUUCUGGAUAUGGACUUCACCAAGAACGACGAUGCCGACUACGAGCGCCUUAGCGAGCUAAUUGAUGGUUUGGAUGUUGGUAUCCUCAUCAACAACGUUGGCCAGAGCCACAGCAUCCCCGUUCCUUUCCUCGAGACCUCCAAGGAGGAGCUUCAGAGCAUUGUCACCAUCAACUGCAUUGGCACCCUCCGAGUUACACAGGCUGUUGCUCCUAUCAUGAAGCAGCGAAAGAACGGUCUUAUCCUCACCAUGGGAUCUUUCGGCGGCUGGACUCCUACAGCUCUUCUCGCAACUUACUCUGGUAGCAAGGCUUUCCUUCAACAGUGGAGCAACGCUCUCUCAGCAGAGCUUGCCGACGACAAGGUUGACGUCUACCUUGUUCUGAGCCAUCUCGUCACCACCGCCAUGAGCAAGAUCCGUCGCCCCAGCGUCCUUGUUCCCAACGCUCGCAACUUUGUCAAGGCCACCCUCAGCAAGGUUGGCCUCGGAGGUUACCAGACCGCACCCUACACUUACACUCCUUGGUGGAGCCACUCUUUCAUGCUGUGGUUCAUUGAGAACAUCCCCGGUGCCAAUGGCCCCCUCACCAUUUACUUUAACAAGAGGAUGCAUGAGGAUAUUCGACGAAGGGCUCUGCGCAAGGCAGCCCGUGAGGCCAAGAAGCAGUAA